AUGUCCUACAGGAGCUUCAGCACUCCCAGAACGCCGACGCCAACCAGCUGCAAGGUGUCCGAGGAUACCAACUGCGUCCAAAAGUCGUCCUAUCUUGAUUCCGCCGGCGGCGAGCACAUCGCGCCCGGCGACGCAAUCCACUCGCACGUCAAGCACAAGCCCCAGGGCCCCAUCUGCGCGCGCAUCGUCCUCCUCUGCAUCAACGGCUACACCUCGCACCUCCUUCCCGCCCUCGCAGACCUGAUCGUACCCAUGCGUGGCGAGAUGUCUGCCCUGCUCCCUCCGAAAGGCGCCGCACGCCUCCCGAACUCGUAGGACAACCCAGCCAGCUCGGCCACCUCUCCGACUACCUGAAUCAGCGCCCGUACGACGGCGUGGUGGACGAGGGCAUGGCGGCGUGGCUCUGCCGGACACUCCUCUGCAUUUGGAGCUGGGGUGAGAGACGGACGCGAUGUAUCAGUGAACGGAAGUCAUGGGCCAUUCGCGGGAUAAUAUGCCCUUCGUCGGCGAAGUUCCCGGGACGAAGGCUUGCUGCAUCUGGACCGCCUGGGGCUGGGUGCUGGUGGUCAUUGCGGGCUUCGGGGCUUCCAUGGCUGUAAC